AUGAAGAUGUGUACAAGUUAUUUGACAUGCUGCAAGAUCUUAGAGCUCGACUUCAAGAUCAUUGAUGCAGAUAAGAAUGGCGCGAUUGAUUAUAUCGAGCUCACGAAAGGCAUUGAGAUGCGACGUGGAACAGAACGGCUGGCCAUCCUUGCAAGGCUUGAGCACAAAUUCCACAAGGUGGAUCUCGAUCGCUCAAAGCAGAUUGACUUCUAUGAGUUCAUGUACUUGGGAUUUCUGAUGAUACAAGAUGGAUCAUAUUCAGAUUUAAGCCAAGAAUCGCACAAUCGUAUUGCAGUGAAGAGAAUGUUCUUGAAAGUUCACAAGCUGUUUGUCAAAUACGACAGAGACAGAGACUUUAGAUUGAAUCAAGCCGAACUGGAAAAUUUUGCGAUUGGAGAAUUCGGAACUGUGCCAUCGAGUAUGAAACAGAUUGCAGAUACGAUUUUGAAACCUCCUCGCGGGUACCACAAAAGCUCGCGAGUGCUUGACAUCAUUCGCUUCAUGAAGUUGCUCUACUUCCUCGUGUGUCCUGAUGGAUCUUUUUCGCUUAACUCUGGAUAUCAGCCAACCAAGAUCAAGCGACCUCUACAGCUUCUCAGCAUUCCUGGAGGGACGCAUGUUGUGAGAAGAGAGCGCAUCAAUCAAGUCACUCAUUUGCGAUUUAAGAAGGGCAAACUAAUCGGAGAGGGAACUCAAGCUAGGGUCUUCAGCGGCUUCUAUGACGGACAACCCGUGGCCGCCAAGAUUUUCAACAAUCUGUCAAUCACAGAGAUUGAAAAUGAUGUUCUCAACGAAGUCACUGUCAUGCUAAGACUAAAUCAUCCUCACUGCGUCUUUCUCAUCGGAGCUAAGAUCACUCCAGAAGAUGGCGGGCCCCUCAUCCUUACCGAGCUCUGUGAGGAGGGCUGCUUGUUUGACCUCUACGCAUGCCGUCAGAUCAGUUUCGACCAUCAGACGGCUUGGAGAAUUGCAAGGGAGUGCGCGUCAGGGUUGCAGGCCGUGCAUGAGAUCGGAUACAUGCACAGAGACGUGAAGAGUUUAAACAUCCUCAUGACCAAAGGCUUUUCUGCUCGCCUUGCUGACUUCGGACUUGCUGUGCUGCAAGCCAAGAGCCACCACGACGCUUGCGGAACAGUACAAUGGAUGGCGCCAGAAGUUCUCGCAAAUUACUUCAACCCUGCUUGCUCCUCGUACGACAAGCGGUGCGAUAUCUUCUCGUACGGGAUUCUCUUGUGGGAAAUCUUCCACUGCAAAUGUCCGUACGGAGAGACGGGAUAUGAUCAAAUGCAGGUUGCGAAGGCUGUCUUGGAGGAGGAUAUUCGUCCCACCAUCUCAAGACGUGUUCCGUCCUUCGUGAGCAACCUCAUCAUGUCCUGCUGGGACUCUCGUCCAGGCCUGCGACCCUCCUUGAAGGGCAUCCUGCAGGUGCUCGACCAGAACCGUGAGAUCUUGCAGAGAAACUGA